CGCCAAUGUGCAUACGAAAGCGGCUCUGAACUCGCUCCGAGGGAUUGACUUUUGACGCCUUUGACAGUUUGUGUUUUAUGCUAUUUUUAAGUGGGGGCAGGCAAGUUCCCAUUUUUCUUCAUUCAUUCCUGAAUUAUUUCAGUUACAAUAGCCGUUGAUUUGUAAAAAAGGCUGCGGCCUUCGGAAGCCUAUUUGUUAAAGUUUUAGUACCGUUCCAAUUUUAGCCUCUCAAGUUUACCAAAAUGACUCGUGGCAAUCAACGUGAACUUGCUAGGGCCAAAAACCAAAAGAAACAGCAAGACUUGGUUAAAGGGAAAAAGACGGAUGGCCUUACGGUGGAGCAAAGGAAAGCGAGGGAUGCGGAAGUGAUGCGUUUAAAGCAAAAGCAAAAAGAAGAACUGAAACAAAACAACUCUAACAAAUAACAAUUGUAAUUGUUUUUAAUUUUGAUGUAUUCUUCUUCAUAUACCUAUUAGUAUUUUUAGAAUUGCGUUUUUUUUUCUAAUACACUUUAAAAUAAUUUGGUUUUGUGAUUUUUGUUAGAAUCAGAAUUUAGUUGUUUGUUGUGUUGUUUGUUACUGAACAUAUAAUUUUCAACUCUAAACUAUACUUAUAAUUUGUAUGUUAAUUAUUUCUCUAAUUUAGAUCAAUCUCUAACAUAUGUUCAUUUUUUAUAAAGCAAAAUAAUUUAAAACUUGCUGCAUGUGAAAAAAAUAAGAAUAAAUCGUGCUUUUAUGUAAAUGCUCUCAAUUUUUUCAAUGUUAAAUUGUUUUAGUUUUUAUUUUUACACAAUAAGUUUAAAUUUAAGCAUUUGCUGGAAUACCUAAGUGGGUACUUAGUUGAAGUUUUUUAUCGAUCUCACUGAUCACUGCCUUUAAUCUUGAAGUAAACAAUUCUAAGUUGAAGCAAGCAAAAAAGUUUAUUAAUCACCUACAUUGGAAAUACUCUUGGCAAGGAUAACAGAAUGGUAUUUGAUGUUUCCACUUUUAGACUUGCCUAGGGCCACUCACUCUAUCCCCAAAUAAUUCAGCUGUAUGGAUAUUUAUAUCAUAUAUAACAAAAAUUGGGGAAAAAUAGACAACUUUGCAGAAAAACGAACAUAAAGAUAGGGCAGAUAAAUUAAAUGUUGGGAAGAGUGAGUUAUGGUCUAGUCGAAUUUCGCAAAACCUAACAACUUUUUUAUAUAUUUUUUUGUCAUGUCAAUGUAAAUAAAGGACAUUAUCAUUAUCAA